AUGCUCUGUCCAUCAUCACAACAGUUUUUGACUCCAAACGGCACCAACAUCCACUAUAUCGCUUCUGGGAACAUUGAGGGACCUCUUUUCAUAUUAUUGCACGGUUUAGGAGGCUCAACUGAAACGUUUCGCGAUCUCAUUCCAUGCAUCCCAAAACAUCGCCGUGUCAUUGCAGUUGACAUCGAAGGAUUCGGCAACACCUCACUCAAUCAAACCCAACCGCUUUCCUUCCUACGCUAUGUCUCCGACUUACAUUUUCUCAUCUCACAUUUGCAAAAACAUUCUGCUCCCCUUGCGAACACCUCCAAUGGCAGUGCCGCCAAGUUCCAAACCGUAUUCAUGGGCCAUUCCCUUGGCGCCAUAAUCAGCUUGCAUUAUGCCUCUAAAUAUCCGGCAGAAGUGGGAGGACUCUUGUUGCUAGGCGUCGGUAGGUCUGUCAGGGGUAUUCCCGCCGCUCAACAGCGAAUGCGAGAUCUCGCAGCAACAGCACGAGAGAAAGGCAUGGAUGCUAUUGCAGAAGUUGCCGUGAAGACGAACUUUCCAGCCGACCGGGAAAGGGAAGACAACGAGAAAGAGCAAAUUCGCAUUGCUGUUGCUUCAUGCAAUGCGGAAGCAUAUGCCCAGACCGCGGAACUUGUCGCUAGCGAUGAUCAUUUUGAUCCUGAUUAUAACAAGAUUUCUUGUCCGUGCGUUUUUGUCGCCGGCGAUGGGGAUAUGAUCAGUCCAGUGCAGCGAUCUAAGGAUAUUAGUGGUCUGCUCGGAGGCCCAUCCGAGGUCGUAAUUGUGAAAAGUGGUCAUCAAAUGAUUCUGCAGGACAUGAAUGGCGUGAAGAGCGCCCUGGACAGGUUUUUGUCUGGUUUGGAGGGUCCAUAA